GUUUCUUACUGGACCUUUAAAUGUUAAUGAUCCAGAAGCAAAAUGCAGAUUCCCCAAAAUAUUUGUAAACACAGAUGGCACUUAUGAAGAACUUCAUUUAAUUGUUUAUAAGGCCAUGAGUGCAGCUGUCUGUUUUAUGAUUGAUGCCUCAAUGCAACCUACACUGGAUUUUUGCCGUAAACUGGACAGCAUUGUUGGGCCUCAACUCACAGUAUUAGCAUCAGACAUAUGUGAACAAUACAACAUCAACAAAAGGAUAUCAGGGUCUGAGAAGGAACCUCAGUUUAAGUUUAUCUAUUUCAAUCAUAUGAACUUGGCAGAGAAAAGUACAAUUCACAUGAGGAAAACACCCAGUGUAUCACUCACGUCUGUUCACCCUGACCUCAUGAAGAUUCUAGGUGAUAUCAACAGUGAUUUUACUAGAGUUGAUGAGGAUGAAGAAAUCAUUGUGAAGGCAAUGAGUGACUACUGGGUGGUUGGGAAAAAGUCUGAUCAACGGGAACUGUAUGUUAUUUUGAAUCAAAAAAAUGCAAACCUGAUUGAAGUUAAUGAAAAAGUAAAGGAAACUUUGUGCUAACACAGUUCAAUAAUAUUUUCUUCC